CGCUCAGUCUACAACAAGACACUGUGCACGGUGGAUGGUCGUCGGUCUGUCCCUCGGAAUCCAGUCUUCUGUCGUUGCCGCGAUAAAAAAGAACUAACGACAGUUUUCUUGCGGCUCCUAACUCACUUCUACAUCUAUUACAUCUUGUAUGAUGUAUUACAUACUUUAUUCCGCUGAAGUUUGAUUCGUGAGCGGUUGCAACUUCGUGAGCGGUUCGGUGUUGCAGUGAAUAUCCAGUUAUAAACCAUUGUUAUAUCUGCUCUAGCCAGCAAAAUGAGCAGUUCUGAAACUUAUACAAACAAAGAAGAGCUGAUAUAAUGAAGUGAUUCAUGUUAGUUAAGGCUUUCCCGUAGAGCCGUCAAAGUGAGAAACUAAAGAGAACCGUGCGUCGGCUUGCGUCUGUCGUAAUGCUGGGCGUGGAGACUAAACCCAACGAAGAAGUGACCACUUCAAGUCCGAUGCCGGCGACCAGGGACUGAGCCAACUGGCGUCGCGCGAGUUCGUGUCCGGAGUGCACUCCCAGCUUGUGGCGGGCUUGCCAGGCGAGUUUGGCCCGGGUCUCAUAGCCGGCUUCCCCUUUGGGGUGGAUGCUUCAGCCUUGGCUCGCGGCUUUCCGCACGGCUUGAGGGCUGGACUCCUGCAAAUUCGGCUCAAAAUAGCCCUGGAUCGACUGUUUUCAGUGCUAACGCACGACGAAGUUCAGCAAUUACUUCACGGUUUUGGCUGGAACUAUGAAGACUAUUCUCGAGGAUACAUGCUUCAGGAUACACAAGGCCAGCCGUUACAUCGCUGGAACAUGGUGACUGCAGAGGAACAAGCUCUUCACCUCCAACAGUAUCUUAGGUUGACGAAAGCUAAUGACGAAAAAUCAUUAGCUUUAAAUCUUUCUACUACUUCUCCCGGUUCUACUCCAGCGUCUACGUCUCUGCCAUUACCUGCCCAAAAUAGCUGCAACGGUCCUCCUACUCCUAAGCGGUCAUGGAAUCCCAUGAAUAUGGGCUCUACUUUCAUUAAUCCUGUGACAGGCAAGAAGAGAGUGCAGUGCAACGUUUGUAUGAAAACAUUCUGUGAUAAAGGUGCUCUAAAAAUCCACUUUUCUGCGGUACAUCUUCGAGAAAUGCAUAAGUGUACUGUCGACGGAUGUAACAUGAUGUUCAGUUCUCGAAGAUCUCGCAAUCGUCAUUCAGCUAACCCAAAUCCAAAAUUACACACGCCGCAUGUUAGGAGAAAAAUUUCUCCUCACGACGGCAGAAGUUCGGGCACUCACCCAGCAAUAUCGCUGAGACCCCCCAUGCCAGCACAGCUGCAAGGUCUCCAUCCUCAUGCCGCGUUCCCUCCACUGUCCGCGUUUCCCGGCCAGUUUGGGGGCCUAGGCGCUCUACCGAACCUUCCGUUCUUACCUUCAGGAAAUCCUCAGGAGCUCGCAAAGCAGUUCGAGAUGCACCGUCAUGGCUUUGAUCUGCAAAAGGAAGCUUGGAAGUNGUUGCAUUGUUUUUUGUUGCAUUGA